AAGAGGACUACACCAAAUACAAAUACACCCAUGAUGAAGUGCAGCAGAGUAUUAUAUUAAUAUUUCUGAAGCCGAAACACCACAACUUCGCAAGACAAGGACACAUCUAUGUUGACCCAUCCUAAUUUGUUUUCCACACAGAUGACAGAAAGUGAAAACCACGUCGUACUGCAUCACCAUCAAUCCUGUACCCUCUAUAGAGUAGUAGCAUUUCAUAAUUUCAUUAAUUAUUAGGCUGUGUUUGGUUUGGUUUGGUUUGGUGUUUCCAAAUCAUAAAUACAGAAUUUGAUAUAGGAGAUAUAAAAUGAUUAAAUAUAUAAUAUUUAAUCAUUAAAACGGUAAGUAAAUUCCAAAUGAGAAUAUAUUCUCCCCGACUUUCUCCUUUAUCUGUAUUUCUUAGCCUCUAUAUCCCUGUGGCAAAUACAGAAUCUAAACAAACGUUGUUAUUGUUGUUGUAAGUUUUUCAAACACAGCACAUCAAAAGCAACACAAAAUCUACCUACAUACGCAGAUAGAUACAGAGAGAGAGAGAGAGAGAAUCAAAGAUUGUUAACACAACACAAAAGAAAGCAUGAAACCCCAUCAACCAAAGCUGAAGACCCAACUCUUCUCCUGCGGCUUCUUCCGCCACUGUGCCCAAACUGUUCUCAGCCCCACCGGCAACACCCUCCACUCACCACCCCUCCCCAGCACUCCUCCACCACCGCCACCGCCGCCACCACCACCACCGCCUCACAACCUUCGCAACUCAUGCGAGUCAUCCACCUCUUCUUCUUCCUCCACAACCUCCCAAAGCUUCACCCAAUGGAGGUUCUCUCUCCCGACAACUCCCUCCACCACCACCACCACUACUCUUCCGCCACAACAACCACCACCAACUCCACCACCGCUUCUACUUCCCAACAAUCUCGAAGAACUUUUUCACCUCUCUGAGCUUCAACUCACAACCGGCUCCGAAUCCGACCGCGCCGCAGCCAUCCACCUUCUAGAACGUUCUCUCGUCCCAAACCCUCCUCAGGACCAGCCACCAUGUCCACCCGCCCUCCUCCGCCACGUCAUCCGCCACCUCACCGCCACCACCAAGAUCCUCUUCGCCCUCUGCCUCUCCCCCUCCAACCGCCGCCUCGCCGUUGAAGCCGGCGCCGUCGCAGCCAUCGUCGAGUCCGCCCCUGACCUCGACGGCGCACCCGCCGAGCGCGCCCUCGCCGCCCUGGAGCUGAUGUGCACGGUGGCGGAGGGCGCGGAGGCGGUGAGGGCUCACGCGCUUGCAGUGCCUGUGAUGGUAACCAUGAUGGGGAGGACGGGUGCUCGCGGGAAGGAGUACGCGAUCGGAGUGCUUGCGGUGGUGUACGGAGGUUCUGCGGCUGCGGAGAGGGAGACGGCUGCUCCGCCUGAGGAAGUGGCGCGUGCAGUGGAGCUUGCGCUUCAGGGAGAGUGCAGCGCGAGAGGAAGAAGAAAAGGAAGCCAGCUUUUGAAGACUCUUCAGCUUCUUUCUGACUCAAAUUAUGAGUCUCCUCACUCUCACAUCAAUAAUGAAGAUCAACCAAGUUGAAAAUCAUUUUCAUGUUUGCGGACGUAGUGUUAUGGAAUAUUUCCAUCAGGUUUUCUUCUUAUUAGUGCUAGCUCCUGUUUUUGUUGUUAUCAACUUUUGUUAAGACAACCAAGAUCGAAUUAUGUUACUACUUUUGAAUGAUGUAGCUUAGUUGUUAUUAUAAGACUAUCAACAUCAAAUUAUGUUA